GCAAAUCGCACCUUUCUCUGCGAUCGGGUUGAACGGAUCAGAAAUGGCACCCUAGCACAUGAGUGGGGCCUGGAGGACCUUCAUAUCCAAGUGGGGACGGGUGUUUGGGAUGAGAGAUUUCUGGCUUGGGAUCCGGCAACUUCCAGCUAUGUGGGCCUGGAGAUUGAACUCCUAAAGGAGCUUGCAAGAAGAGGGCGUUUCAGCUUCUCACUGGUAAUGCACAACUGGACGUCGGGCCCCUGGCUGGAGCAGCUCGAGGAGGCUCUCAACCGCUACGACCUCGUCACAUACGCUUAUUGGUUCAUCACGCCAGAGCGAAUGGCCCGAGGGGCCUACAGCCCCUAUGGGUUUCUGGAUGCCAUGUAUUGGGCCGUUGUCAUGGAGGAAGUCAAAGAGGGCAUCGACUUCGAUGAGAUUUUUGCGUUCCUCACGCCCUUCAGCGGGCCUGUUUGGUUUAGCUUUUUGGCUCUGACUGUGGGCACGGGGCUGAUGUACCGCUUCUUGGCUUGCUUUAAAG